UUCCCCCUUCAGUUUGUUAUCGGCCACGGCCUCUUCAUCUUCAUCGCCCUCUCACGCACACAAUCACCGAGCAAUAAUCCUUCAAAGCUUGAGCUUAUUCUGUCCCUCUCUGUGUUGUUGGAUGGUGGUGUUGUUGGUUUGAGAGUGAAGGCAGCUUUCUCCCUCUGUCUCUGGGUUCUCUACUGGACUGCCAGAGAUGUCGACUUCGGUUGGCAAAGGCCUCGAGCGAUCGUCGUCGGCUGCCGUGCGAAUGGAGGAAGAGGCCAUGGUUCCUGAGCGACAGGGGAUUGGAUCCAUUCUUGGGUCUGACCGCCAACCACCCAAGACGGCCCCUUCGUUGAGGAGGACACUAUCAGCAGACAUGUCUUCCAAGUCGUGGUUGGCUCAACAUGGCUUCUCCCAUUUGAAGAAGACUGCAUCUUCCGAGAGGUUCCCUGUUGCAUCCAUCAUUGAUUCAUCGUCGUCGGAGGAGGAAGAUGAUGAUGAGGAAGAACGAGAAAGAAAACAAGAGCUUCAAGCUGGAGGACAAUUCGAUGUCUGGAACUCAAUCCAAUCCGAACAGGAGAAGAAGGACCUCGAGAGGCCGGGGCAAUUCGAUAUCUGGAGCUCAAUUCUGUCACAGAAGUCUGAGAAAGCCUCGUCUGGUGCAGCUCCUUAUGUCCACCCACUUGUGAAAAGAUCUGCCAGCUCGUUGAGUGAGAAGAGUCUGGAAAUCUGCACCGAGAGCCUGGGAUCCGAGACGGGUUCUGAUGGGUUUUCCUCCUACCCACCAUCAGAGUCCGGCGACUUGGAAGAGAGCCAAGAAACAGAACAAGAAGAUGACAGAACCAAGGUUGAGGAAUCACAAACUGUAGAUAAAGAUGAAUUCCGAGCUGUAAAUUACAAUUGUUCUUUUAGUAGGAAAUCACCCCCUCGAUCGUUCCCUCCCCCACUUCCCUCUCUUUCUCGUCGGGACGGCUCGUCCGUCUACAUGCGAUCUCAUCGCAAAGACGGCCGGUUAGUCCUCGAGGCCGUCCCCGUCAUUUCUCAGAGUUACUUCCACGCCGAGCGCCAAGACGGGCGCCUUCUCCUCAGCUUCGCCAAGAAAACAACAGCCCAUGGAACACCAAUCGACGUCUUCUACAGCGACGAGGAAGAGAUAAUCGAUGAAGAAGAGCAAGAAUUGAGCGAAGAAGAGGAUGAAGAAGAGUUUGAAGAAAUUGACAAAGACGAAGGAGAAGAAGAAGAAGAAGAAGAGACUGAGAGAGCUGAGGAAGAGGUGAGUGACAGGGGACUUGUGAUGGAGGUGAAGGUAAGCCAGGUCCCUCAGAAGCUGCCAUCUGGAGUGAUAAGCGUACACAGGUCAGCACUUGUCAUGAAUAAGUUCAUGGAUUUGACCAAUAGAAACCCAACAUGGUCUCACAAGUUAGGCAAGAUUGUUGAUCUUGGGGAGGAGCUGGAGCCAUCUCCACUGCCACAGUCACUCCCAACACAGCCAAUGGUGGCCCGUCUGAUACCUUCCCCGGCGGCAGCAGCAGCGGCCACUUUUAACUCUUACGAUUACUGCUGGCGGACCAAGCCGGCUGCCACGGCAACCAUGAAGCCGCUAUCAAAACCUCCACCACCACCAUCACCCAUCGGCACCAACAUAAACAACAACUUCUUUCUGUCCAAGAAUUACAAGCCCAACGAGCAGCCACAGAUGGUGCUCAUGAAGGGUAACAAGGGAGAUUAUGUGGUUCCUGUUUUGGCGAGUUGCAGAGAGCCCAGAAGGUCACUAUUGAUCUGGGAGCCCUAUUGCAUUGCCACCUCUUAAUCCUCCAUGCCCACCUCAUCACAUUGUUAUUAGUUAUUAUUACUCCCUUUAAUUUCUCUCUCCUCUUCUUUCUUCUGGUCAAUACCAUGUCAAUAUUCCCAUCAUCAAUAAAUCAACAAAAAGAAAGGAGAACACUUGGAGAAGAUCAAUCAAAGAGAGAUAAUACUUCUUACCUAAUAAUCUAGGCUAUCAACUUUUCCCUGGCAUUAGCUGCACAAAAUAUUUCAUCCAUGACUUUGGGUGGAGGGUCCUGUCUGACGACUACUGCAGGCUUUAUAGAUUUUAUUAAGUGGAGGAUUUCUCCUUUUUGCUUUGUUUUUCAGUUUUUGUUGGGUUGCUUGUCGGUGCUAAGGCCAAUAGAUCUCCAUUAGUGAGCUCUGCUUGCUUGCUUUUUUUUCCCCUUCUUCUUCCUGUUUUUUUAAGCCAUUUGGAGCUGUAUGAUCACGUCAUGUUUUGGUCUGAUUGACUUCAGUUUUGGGAACAACCCCAGCCAACAUUGCUAGCUUGCUGCUAUUUGUUAGUAAGGUUAGUUCAAUAGCUGACAUAAUCUAUCUCACUUGGAAAUAUUUGAAUCA